GCCGUGGCCGCCGAGACGCCAGAAGACCUUCUUGCGCUUACCGCGGCCGACUGUUCCGGGCUGGGCCCGUCCGCGUACAAGCGGUUGGUGCCAGCAUCUCGUCGGUUGCGCCGGUUGACCAUGAAGGCCGCGCGGCAAAUAGACGACGACGGGUUCAAGGCCAUAGCUGGAAUGCCUUCGCUUCAACACCUUGACAUGGAAGGCAUGGCUGAUGUMACAUCCGACGGCCUGCUCAGCGGUCUUGUGAGCGCCGUCGGACUACAAUCACUGGGCCUGGCCGACUGUCCGUACGUGACGGACGAUGUUCUACGCCGGAUCAGUGAGAUGAGACAGCUGCGUAACCUCCGGCUGGACCUGACCGACUGCGACAAGACGACGGCGGCCGGCGUGACAGACAUGCUGUCCGGCUGCGAACGACUACGCGAGCUGGACCUGACGCUGCCGUUGAAUGCCGACUACGUGGCCGCAGCCGCGUCUGCAAGCCACCUGGACCAGCUCCGGACGUUCCGGCUGACAUUCGAGCGGCUAUCGUUUCAAGACCACCUGGAUGACCAGCCGACUGACCCCGAUUGGCAAAGUUCGUUGGCCGCUGGUUUCCGCGACGAUGUCGAGUUCAGUGUCCGGCAGAUGUUCACCAAGAUCACCGUGACGGUCGACUGA